AUGCCGCAGCAGUCCACCCUCGCCGCCGCCGCCCUCGCGUCGCCGCCCUCGCCGCCGCUCGUCUGCCCUUGCCUCGCCGCCUACCCGGCCGGCGUCAGCCUCGUGAGCGGCGAGGUGCAUGUCGUCGCGGCGGACGGCGUGAGCCACCCUCGUGUACCCCGGCACGUACGGCCUCCACGGGUCGAGCACGAGCGGUGCUACGUCGACCCGGCCGCGUGCAACGCCGAGUACAGCACGGCCGCGUACGUGGUGGGCGCCACCCCGCACUCCUCGUACCGUGCGUGCGGCUUCAGCAACGAGUUCGAGAGCUGGUUCUGCCAGCCGCCGAUGCCGCCGCCGCCCUCGCCGCCGCCGGACUCGCGUCGCCGCCGCCCUCGCCGCCGCCCGCCCUCGCCGCCGCUCGACUGCCCGUGCCUCGCCGCCUACCCGGCCGGCGUCAGCCUCGUGAGCGGCGAGGUGCAGGUCGUCACGGCGGACGGCGUGAGCCACCCUCGUGUACCCCGGCACGUACGGCCUCCACGGGUCGAGCACGAGCGGUGCUAUGUCGACCCGGCCGCGUGCAACACCGAGUACAGCACGGCCGCGUACGUGGUGGGCGCCACCCUGCACUCCUCGUACCGUGCGUGCGGCUUCAGCAACGAGUUCGAGAGCUG